CGGUAUACUGCCAUACUGUGCAACAAACUAUUUCAAAGUCAGAUGGUAGAGAUUCACUGCAAGCAAGAAAAAGAGCAUCACACAAGCUAAAAGAAGGGGACUUGGACGAAGUGAAGUAAAGAAAAGGACUUGAAAAGCACUUGUAUUGUGCAGAGUGAGUGACUGCAGGGAAUAAAUCAGCUGGAAACUAAAAGGAUAAAGAGGCAAGCGAGGAGAGGACAAUAAGGACACAAAGCAAAGGAUACUGCUCUUUUUGUUGUUGUUGGAUUGGUUUGUCCAGUUGGAUUUUUCAUUCCCCUCCUCCUGGGCUUAACGCAUAGGGGGGAGGCAGCCAUAACCACUGCAAGGAUGAAGUACAACUACCACGUACCAGUGUCAACGUACACACGCAGCUCCCAGUACACACCAACAUACCACACACCUACCUAUUACACCCCCACACAUUACACAACAACUCACUACACACCCACAUAUACCUCCACCACAAAGUACACCCCGACAAACUAUAGCACAACACAUUACACCCCAUCACAUUACACAUCCACUUACAAGUCUGCAUCAACGUACGUCCCUUCAUAUAGCAAAGGGUCACGGUACAGCUCAACACGUCGCACACAAGCACAGGAAAUUCCUGCACCUGUGAUACCUGUCGCACCUGCAAAGAGAACUGUGCACUUCCCCAAUGACAUCAUCUUCCAGGAUAUUGUUAGACGUGGAGAUAUGGAGCAAAUUGGGCGGUUCAUGAGAGCGAGGAAGGUUCGUGUGGAUACACUCUUCCACUCAGGUAUGGCAGCACUACAUGAAGCUGUGCUAACAGGAAACCUGGAGGUGGUGAAGCUGUUGGUGAAAUAUGGAGCUGAUGUCCAUCAGAGAGACGAGGAUGGCUGGACACCACUUCACAUGGCCUGCAGUGACGGCUAUCCAGAAAUUGCCAGUUAUCUCCUGUCGAUGGGCGCCAGCACAGAGGCAGAAAAUGAAAAUGGAGAGAAGCCUGUAGACCUCAUCGACCCAGACUGCACAGAGCUGGCCAAAAUGUUUGAGACUGGCUGUGUGUAAUUUUAGGCCCCCAAAUGGACCCGGCAGGAGAGAACAAACACAAAGAAAACAUGGAGAAGCUGAGCAGCUACAACAUUCAUCAUCAUACAAUGCCAAACAAACUUGUAACAGGGUGGAACAACACGGCUGCUGCAUCUUGCCAAUUCUGUUGAGCAAGAUGGUGGCUCUGUUUGUAGCACAAAUUGCUGUGAGAUUUAUAUUUUUGUAAUUAUGCCUCUUCAUGGUGGUUGUUUUAUUUUGAUUUUACUUUUGCCCAAGUCUACGCUGUAAAUAUUAAUUUGCAAAUAUGUCUCUGCCUUCACUCUCAGCUCAUGUAACACAAUAUCAACAAUGUGCUAGUGAACUGAAAUCUCAGCUUUAUAAGUAAUCCAUGGUCCAGGUCUGAAUACUUAUUCCCUGUUGAAGAAAACUGGCUGAAUUUCAAUCCUCAUGAGCAUUUAUGUUUAAACAUUUAAUCACUUUAUUUAAUCGCUUUGUUGUAACUGUUUGCACUCUGCAAACUAUUUGCUCCCAAACUGGAGCAAACAGAGACAAGUUGUUUUUGUCCUAUACGAGAGUUACCAUUCCUUACUGCUGCGCAGAAGGAGUAUUUUCCAGAUUAAUAAUUGAUACUUCAUUGAAAGGCAGAAAUUUAAAAGAAAAAACAAACUUCAAUUUCAUGCUGUACAAGCAUCUCUACUGCUGCAGUAGUUUUCCCAAAUGUGUUGUUGUUUUUUUCUGUGGUAGGAAUUGUGCUAUAUGAAUGUCAGCAAUGAAAGUCUUAUAUUUUACUGUUCAAUAAUUAUUUUUGUACGUUUUCGUAAAUAAAGACAUCUUUUAUAAAUA